AUGUGUGUAGACCGCCCGGUCGUCGUUCACUUGAUGUGACAGCAGUCUAAUGCGAUCGGCAGUGAACUAUAUUUAGUUGUUGUAAGUGUGUAUAGCUAUGAGCCGGUGCCGAUGUGUGUAAUAUGCACGAUGUCUGUAUGAAAUGAGAUUCUCAAUUUUUAUCCUAUGUCAACAGUAUAAACCUUUGGAGUUUACCACGGAUUAAAAUCAAAAGGACUCUUGAAAAAUCGAUUCAGGAGAUAGUGAAAUUUAAAAAUAUGGUUGGACGUGAAAUGAAAAUUUUACUUUUUCUUUCUUUGUGUGUGCUUGUUCAAAUGCAGGAGCGUGAUUGUCCCACUAAAUGUGUGUGUUUUCGGACGACAGUGAGAUGUAUGUUUCUUCAAUUGGACGCUAUACCAUCGCCGCUACCUGCGGACACCACCGUUUUAGAUUUGCGGUUCAACAGAAUACAAGACAUUCCAUCUGGAUCAUUUAUAGGCUUGAAUAGAUUAAGCACAUUACUAUUAAAUAACAACAAUAUUCAGAGAUUAUUAGACGGCGCAUUUGAUGGUCUUCCGGAACUGAAAUAUUUAUAUGUAUAUAAAAAUCAAAUUACUUCUGUUGAAAGUAAAGCAUUUAGACAUUUGAGGAAACUUGAGCAGGUAUUUAUGCAUAAUAACAACAUAUCGGGGCUACCAGAAGGUUUAUUCGACAACACGCCGAAGUUACAACGUCUACGCCUGGACGAGAAUCCUGUCCACUGUGACUGUGAUUUACUCUGGAUUCCCCGGCUGGUACAGAGAAGAAGGUCUCGACUUCAAGUCACUGGAACCUGCCAGUCUCCCCCGCGGGUCCUCAACAGGGCCAUCGGAACCCUGAGUGAGCGACAGUUCAGCUGUGGCCGAUACGUACCCCCUGUAAUCACAAGGCGACCAGAGGACCAUGAAGCCGUUGAGGGAAGCACCAUCAUGUUUCGCUGUACCGGAACCGGAACUCCUACUCCGGUCAUUAGCUGGUUCAAAGACGAUGAACUGUUGGCGUUGGAUGACCGAGUACAAGUGUAUGAAUUGGGAGCAAUGCUGAGGUUCUCUCGGGUAGUUUUCGCAGAUCAGGGAAUUUAUACGUGUAAACUGACCAACACUGCCGGAACGUCCGAGGCAAGCGCAGAGCUGAGGAUCACACAACCAACCCAGACUCAGGAAUUCGCUGCCAACGUGGAAGUGGAAACCUUUGUGGGUACCAACAGUCUACUGGAGUGUGCCACCGACGAUUUCAUUCCACAAUAUCGGUGGAUUAAGGACCAAGUACUUCUCCAGGCCGGCGCCAAGUAUUCCUUCCAGGGAAACCGUCUCGUCAUCAGGAAUAUUGUGCCUAGCGACGCUGGCAAGUAUGAGUGUUUCGCUGAAGGUACCGUCGGAUUCAACAGGAAGGCUGUCCUACUCAAAGUUACAGGUGAUGAACACACAUUCGAAGGUGACGCCUUUGUUCGCCAGGCUAUAAGAGAAGCUACCAAUCGUGUUAACGUUGCCAUUAACGACACACAGCGCCACCUGUUUGACCGUUCAAGACAGCACACUGUGCAGGACCUGAUCGCUAUAUUCCGGUAUCCUGCAGCCGAGGCACUGGAACUGGCCAGGGCGGAGGAGAUAUUCGAACAGACUCUGGAUAUAAUUGUCCGGCAUGUCCGAGAAGGACAUACCUAUAACGUGGAUACCACAGGUGAGACCUACCGUGAUAUCAUCUCCCCUGGACAUCUAACCCUAAUUGCCAACAUGUCAGGAUGCUUCGCAAAUCCCCGUAUUACCAAAUGCAGCAAUAUGUGUUAUCAUAAGAAGUAUAGAACAAUGGACGGCACGUGCAACAACAUUCAGGAGCCACUUCAAGGAGCAACUGUCACUGCGUUCAGCAGACUGCUCCCACCUAUAUACGAGAACGGAUUCAAUACUCCUGUCGGCUGGAGCUCUUCCAAGCAGUACAAUGGCGUUCACCUUCCGAGUCCGCGUCUGGUGUCUUCCUUCCUUAUGUCCACAGACCACGUGACAGAAGACGAGACGAGUACUCACAUGCUCAUGCAAUGGGGACAGUUCGUAGACCACGAUAUCACACUUACACCUCAGUCAAUUAGCUACGCUCGCUUCAGUGAUGGUCGCCGAUGUAACGAGACAUGUGAUAAUGAGUACCCGUGUUUUCCGAUUCCAGUUCCCCGUAGCGACUCGCGUAUCCAGUCUCAUCCAUGUCUUGGAUUCUCUCGGAGCAGUGCCAUGUGUAACUCCGGUAGCACGUCUAUCUUCUAUAAGACGUUCUCGGCUCGUGAACAGAUCAAUGCCAUCACUGCCUUCGUGGAUGCAAGUAAUGUGUAUGGCAGUAGCGAAUUUGACAUUCAAAGACUACGAGAAUUAACAAACAGCCGUGGACUUCUCAGGGAAGGACCUGUAUCUACCAACAGAAAAAGACUUCUCCCCUUCGACAACUCAGGAUUUCUUGAGCAUAUUGACUGUCAGAUUGAACCCAGUAAGCAGCACGUACCUUGUUUCCGCGCUGGAGACAAUCGUGUAAAUGAACAUUUGGCUCUUACGGCAAUGCACACGUUAUGGAUGCGCCAACAUAACCACGUGGCGCAUUCGCUUGGUAAAAUCAACGUCCACUGGGAUGGUAACAUGAUCUUUCACGAAUCCAGGAAAAUCAUCGGCAGUAUGAUGCAACACAUAACAUACAACCACUGGCUUCCCAGCAUCAUCGGUCAACAGGGCAUGGAGAAACUAGGUCCCUACACAGGUUAUGACCCCAAAGUCAACCCUACCAUAACCAAUGAAUUCGCCACGGCUGCAAUGAGAUUCGGUCACGCCCUAGUGCAGCCUGUUAUUUUUAGAUUAAACGCCAGUUUCUAUCCAAUCCCGGAUGGAAACCUUCAAUUACACAAGGCAUUCUUUUCACCUUACAAGCUACUGGAAGAAGGAGGAGUUGAUCCCUUACUCCGGGGCAUGUUUGCGGUCUCAGCGAAGAAGAGAAUGCCCAGUGAAAUGAUGAACUCUGAACUUACCGAGAAACUGUUCUCAUUGGCCAAUGUUGUGGCUCAAGACUUGGCGUCGUUGAACAUCCAGCGCGGACGAGAUCACGGCCUGCCCUUCUACAACGCAUAUCGAGAGCUCUGUGGCAUGUCUAGGGCUACCAGUUUUGCAGAUUUCCAAGGUGAAAUCACAAGCAGUGACAUCCGUAACAAACUGCAAGCUCUGUAUGGACAUCCAGAUAAUAUUGAUCUAUUUGUGGGAGGGAUGAGUGAGACCCCAUUGCCAGGAGCCAAGGUGGGGCCUACCUUCAUGUGUAUCCUUGUGGACCAAUUCAAGAAGAUCCGUGACGGCGAUAGGUUCUGGUAUGAGAAUCCCAGUAUGUACGAGCCUGAGCAGAUACACGCCAUCAAGCAGACGACCCUUGCCAGGGUGAUAUGUGACAGCAGUGACAACAUUGACAGGGUACAGAAAGACGUAUUCGCCCGAGUGGACAACUAUACUCAAUACCUUCCCUGUAACAAAAUUCCAAACAUUAACUAUAAGGUCUGGGCCGAGUGUUGCGCAGACUGUAAUGACGCUGGAGAUUUCCAGACACUGACCAGUAAGUUCCAGCGGGCCGCCACUCCUCGUCAGUCUCAUCGUGAAGACAGAGAGCAUUUACAAGACCAGGGUCGAGACUAUCAAAACACCAUGGCUAGCCUGGAGAAUAUGAAGGAAGGAAUGUCAGUGAUGGAAUCUCGUAUGGAGGGCAUGGAGGGCUCUAUUAGCGGUCUAACUAAAACUGUCAAGUAUCUCCGGAGGAAGAUGAAGAAAAUGCACAGACAUAUGAAAAGACAUCCCAAGACUGGGUGUACAGAUAAGGAUGGUAUUCACCGCUCAGAAACUCAACGAUGGAAAGUACAUGACUGCAAAGAAUGUAUAUGUCAGAGUGGUCGUAUAGAGUGCAACUCUCAAAUGUGUCCUAUACCAGCGUGUGACUUUCCGAGGAAAAUUCCAAACCAGUGUUGUCCAGUGUGUUGAUCCACAUCUUCGCAUGAUUACAUUUACUUAGAAAGUCACUAUGAUCAAUACUACAUAUAACAUCACAUCACAGCUAGUGGACGGGAUUAGGAGUUCUCAAAACGCUAACAUAGCCAAUGGCCAAUGGAAGUGUCGAACUGUUCUCAUAAUGCUUGCACAGACUUUGGAAGUGUAUAUAUGCUUUCAUAACGCUUGUGCAUACCGUAAAAGUGACUCCAUGCUCUUGCAUUGUUAGCACAGGUGUUAAAUAAUCUCACAUUGCUAACACAGGUGUUAAAUAAUCUCACAUUGCUAACACAGGUGUUAAAUGUUCUCAUAUGCUAGCACAGCCAGUGGUCUUAACUAAAAAAACAACUCAAAUCGUCAGUUCAGCUGAUGGGAUAGCGCUGUUACAGCCGAUGAAUGAGACUCUCAUAACAUAGCCAUGCUCAUACCUCGACGAUUCGUAUACUGCUGAUAUUUUCAAAUGAGGAUGGAAUAAUAUUUUGUAGCCAUACAGUCCGUAUGAACGCAGUGGGACUUGCAUUUAUAUUGACCACGAAGCUGGCCUGUGUCUUGUAUUUGGUGUAGUCACAGGAAAACCGAACCAUAUAUGUUGAUAAUUGAUCUCCAUGUGAAACUGAUAUUUAAUUAAUUACGUUACAUACGAAAGAAAAAAAUCCGCGUAGUUCAUCAUGUAAUGAAUUCAUUUGGAUGUGAAGUUCAUUAUGUAUAAUUGCACAGCUAUGAAUAAGCAUGUAAGUGACAGUGAAUUCAAAACUGUGAUGCAACACUUGCUCUAUAGGACGCUGCCAUAACGUUUGAAGUUGUGAAAGUUAACUGACAGUUCCUCAUCGCUGUUGUAGAUAAAUGAAAUCCCAAUAGAACGACGAGGUUCAUUUGAACAGAUUGCAUCAACAUGACCAAAUAUGCCUGAACGCUAUCUAGAAUGCAUGCAGUUUCGUUUAUAAAGGUGCUAUCCUACACAAUAUAUACAUUACUAUAUCUCAUUUCUCUUACUACUUUUCCUCGCAUUGAAAGAGAUAAGGUUUGAGCCAUAAAUAUAAAUACGAUAGGUGAGCAGUUAAUUCAUACUGAUAUAGCAUUUUACUCUUGCUGAUGUCUUCUUAUGGAGAACUUUUCAAAUCUGCGAGGUUUUAUAAAAGAGUUAUAACUGACACUAGACUUAGCGCCAAGUAUACUCUUUUUCAUGUCUGUUAAAAUAUGCAAACUGUCUUGUGCGCAUGCGUGAGUGUGAGUAUGUGUCAACUGCCGGUGAAUUUAAAACGUUACUAUUCAGUUGUGUAUUUUUUAACUUUGACAAACUUGUGUUAGAAAGCUUGACCAUACAUGCGCAUUAAUUUUUUCAAUUUCGAUUAUCUACAACCCACGUUAUGUGAUAAGAAACGAAUUGUGUAGUCCUUUCAACAUAAAUUUAUUUACAAAUGUCGGCACACUUACGAAACAUGUUGAAUGUUAUAAUAUGUGAAAUAAUAACCCAGAUUGUUUUCCACUGCCGAUUUACAAGAAAAGGAUUUUAAAAACAUACUUGUAUUUUAUAAGUAUGUUAUUUCGUGCUUAUAUAUGCAAAACUAUUAUCAUUUAAUUUAAAUAAGAAAUCAUUUUAUUUAAGUAUGUGUUACUGACAACGAUGUAUAUACCAUUUAUUUUAAGAAAGUCCCGUAAAAUUAUCUUCGUCCUAAAAGGUCGGAAUUAUUAGGGCCACCAGCCUUAUCGUCAAAAUAAGGAAAUUGCAGUUUAUAUAUGAAAGUAUUUUGAAGUAUCUUUGAUAUUAUCUUAAGCUUUAGUUUGAAACUUUUAGUUUGAAUUGGAUCAUUAUUGGAAAUGUUAUGCAUAUUAAUUUCAAUUUUGCCAUAUUUGAAACAAUUCAAAAGCAGCUGAGGUGCCAACUUGGAAACAAAAAUAAAUAUGUGUUCCACUUUGUCUUGAUUACGCUUUGGUUAAUCUUCAUGUUUGAUUAUCUACAGUGUUUCAGUAAUAGGUUCAACACGUUUUACAUUAAUAUUAACUCUGGGAAAAGUGCAAAGUCUCUUUGAUUCCAUUACGGGGAAUAGUAAAUGUAGCACCAUGCAUGAAUGGCAAAUUUUUGCUGUUUAAAUUAAAAUGUUACUAUGAGUUUCCAAAGUAAAGAAGUCGAAUAUUUUCUAUUGUUAUUAUUAUUAUUUUCAAGACAAUGCUUGCGAUGUAUUUAAUAUAAAUUAUAUUCACGUAAAUGCCAGUCCCUUUACUUAAUGCCAGUAUAUAGCUUAUGAAAUUCAAGAAAAAUCCAUGAAAAGGACAUCACUGAAUUUCGAUUAUUUUUUUAUUUUAAAUCUUAUCAAAAGAAAAUGAAGAUAUGCCCCAUAAAAAGUUUCUGGUUGAAAACUUAACCUUCAUUCACUAUUUGAGUAUGAAAUCAUGAAACUACAACUGUUUUAUGUUUUUAUGUUUUUCGCAGUUUUUAACAUUCGUCGUGUCCGUCUUUUUCAGCUUUAUACGGGAUGGAGUCGGUGAUAAGAACGCAACGUCUUAAAUUGAAAUUCCGAAAAAUUCCAGAAAUUUUGAAUAAUUUUUCAGUUAAUGAUGUCAAUCUGUAUGAUUAUAUGACUAAUUUUAAUAUAUAUAUAUAUUCACGUUUUAUUGUUCUCUUAUUGUUAUUUUUUUCCAUUUGCCAUCAUCUCUGACGCAAUUUAUAUUUAAUAUGUAUAUCAAUGUGUAUUUUUAUAUUUCACAUUCGUACUCCGGUACUUUUUUUUUUAUCAGAAUGAGCAUUUCUAUAACGUAUGUAGAUAUUUUAAAGUGCUUUAUGUAUACCAUAAAAAUUGACUUGUGUAAGCAUUCACCGUACGGAUUAAAUACCUCUUGGGUUUGAAUGGUAUUAAUGUAUGAUUACUCCAUUCCUUAAUGCCCCGAUUUGGAAAGGAAAACAGCCUUGCUGACUGCUCAAAAUGUUAAAGCUCAUGGUUCAUUUCGCCUUAUUAUACCUCAAACUGAAUAAACUGAAUGCUGAUUUUUCGAGUGGUCAAAAAAUCAUAAUGCCGCGUUUUGAUUGGUUAGAUAAAAUCACCUUGAGUUAGAAUGCCGCAAUCUGAUUCGCUGAGAGAAAAACUAAUCUCAAAUUUGAACGCUGCUGUUUGAUUUGCGAGGGGAAAUUAAUCCAAAUUAAAAUUUGAUAGGUAUGAUGAAUGAAAUUAUUUUUUGUCAACAUUCAACGACUAAACACUGAUUUUGGUCGGCGUGACGAAACCUAUAGCAAUAGACUGGGUCAAAAAGGCGGUAAGCAUGUAAUUUUGUAUUUUAGUCUAAACUUUACAAUCUUGUUAUCUGAAGAUAUAUAUAUAAUCUACACAGCAUAUGUUUGCACGCAUCACACGCCGUGCGUUUCUGUAGUACAUUUAGUUUAUCUAUGUGUUUAAGAACAGGGCCAGUGUUCGAUACGUAAUAUUUUCAUAAACUGCGUUUUCCAACUUUUUCAUCAUGCAUAAUAUGUUAUGAUAUUUAAAAAGCAUUAAUAUACAUUUUGAUACCAAUUUUCGAAGCCAAAUUAUAUUGCAACAAUCAGUGAUAAUUGCCAAAAUGCCAAAGAUAUGUGUUGAAAGGAGAAGGUUUUUGAUAUAAAACUUCAGGUAUGCGAGCUAAAUAUACCUAUGUAUCAUUUGUAAGUAACAAUUCAAUCAUAGAACUGGUGUACACAUAAGUAUGUGAUAUUAAUUGAAUUAAAGCCAACGAUUUGUAAAUGAAAA